AUGCACCUCCCCACCGUUGGAAACGGCGAUUUCGCUGCAAAGCUGCUACUAUCUGGGGCUUUCUUGAGCUUAUUCUCCCCAACUGUCGCCAUCCCCGUCCAAGACGGUCCCCGCCAGCGUCUCCUUGACGGGAAAGGUCUACCCACAAAGUACCGCACUACAUCAUCGCCUUACACGCCCGGUCACAAGGACAAGUAUGACGGCCCCGUUGACUCUAUUGGCGACAACCUUGAUCCACUACCGUGGCGUAAUGGUCUAGGAGCCUCUGUCCUAGGGCCAUGGAAUGAAGCUCGUUCCAGACAGAACCCCGACCUUGUGCGACCCCCGAGUACAGACCAUGGCAACCUCGCCAAUAUGCGCUGGAGUUUUGCGGACUCCCACAUCCGCAUUGAGGAGGGCGGAUGGACUCGACAGACCACGAUCCGGGAACUACCCACCAGCAUCGAGCUUGCCGGAGUCAACAUGCGCCUGGACGAAAGUGUUAUUCGUGAACUUCAUUGGCACAAGGAAGCCGAGUGGGCCUAUGUACUCGAUGGAAGCGUGCGCGUCACGGCCAUCGACUAUGAGGGAGGCAACUUCUUUGACGACCUGAACAAGGGAGACCUAUGGUAUUUUCCAUCCGGUGUGCCUCACUCCUUGCAAGGUCUUGGCGAGAACGGAACAGAGUUCCUCUUGAUUUUCGACGAUGGACACUUCUCUGAAGAAUCCACAUUUAUCCUUACGGACUGGCUCGCUCAUACACCAAAGUCAGUAAUCUCAAAGAACUUCCACCUGGCCCCCGAAGUCUUCGCCCAUAUCCCCGAAGGAGAAAAGUACAUCUUUCAGGGAACUACACCGGGCUCCAUUAGUCACGAGGCACCCUCUGGAAAAGGAGUGAAGAAGUCAAAGCACCAAUUUACGCACAAAAUGUUGGAUCAAGAACCCAAGAAGACUUCUGGUGGUGAAGUUAGAAUCACAGACUCUAAGAACUUCCCAAUUUCGAAGACCAUUGCUGCGGCCCAUGCAAUUAUCGAGCCCGGUGCCCUCCGAGAAAUGCAUUGGCACCCGAACGCCGAUGAAUGGUCCUUCUUCAUCAAGGGGCGCGCCAGAGUCACGAUUUUCGCCUCUGAAGGCAACGCUCGGACCUUUGACUACGUUCCUGGCGAUGUUGGUAUCGUUCCGAAGAACAUGGGUCAUUUUGUAGAAAAUAUCGGAGACGAACCAGUGGAAAUGCUCGAGAUUUUCCGCGCCGACGAAUUCAGAGACUUUUCACUGUUCCAGUGGAUGGGAGAGACCCCCAAGAAGCUGGUCGUUGACCACCUCUUUGCCGACGACCCUGAGGCUGGCGAGAAAUUUUGGGACAAGGUCCGUAAUGCGGAGAAGGACGAGAUUACCAAGCCAGAUGCUGUUGAAGAAACUCAGACCGAAACUCAAGAGCUCUGA